UUUGUGUGGCAGCAACGUUUGUUGCUAAAGAGCAACACAACCUGGGGCAGCUGUGUGUAAUCUUGGGGAGCGGUUUUCAUAGAAAUGAAAGCGAAAGAAGUUCAAGGUACAAGCCUGUGGGGUGGGGUGGCCGGGGCAGUCCGGGACGGACUGGCGGAGCUGAGGGUGCCUGCGCCCGGCUCCUUCCUGCUGCUGGUCUAAGAAUUAGGGAGCCUCAAUCCCCGGCUCCCAAGAACUCGCGAACUAAGUUGCAGCGUCCUUCCAGAGCCCCACGGGAUCGCGAGGCUGGGAGUGUGACGUCUACCAGGAGCCGCGACCCCUGUCGGGCUUCCUGGCGCUCUUCCUCCGAGAGGAUGUCAAGAGGCCAGUUCAGCAAGGAAGAUUAUCUUGCAAACAGAAAUGUAGACUCCAUCCAAACCAAAGAAGGUCUGAGUCUUGAGUUGAUAUGUGGAGAUGUUCUGUGUAUACAGGCCGAUGUCAUUGUCAACUCUGUCCCUGUGGAUCUUCAGCUCGGAAGAGGAUCGCUAUCUCAGGCUCUUUUGGAGAAAGCUGGUCCAAGGCUCCAGGAAGAGUUAAAUGCCACCAGGGAGGGAACUGAGGAGAAAGUGGGUAGCAUAUUCAUGACAAGUGGCUACAAUCUGGACUUCAAGGCUGUGCUCCAUGUCGUGGCUCCAAUGUGGGAUAAUGGAGCAGGGAUUUCUUUGCAGAUCAUGGCAAAUAUAAUCCAGAAAUGUUUGACAACUAUAGAUCAGCAAUCUUUCUCAUCAAUCACAUUUCCUUUGAUUGGAACACGAAAUUUGCGAUUUCCCAAAGCUAUUUUUGCUGAACUAAUCCUUUCGGAAGUGUUCAAGUUUAGUAGCAGUGCUUGGCUGAAGAAAACCUUACAAGAAGUUCAGUUUGUGGUACAUCCAGAUGAUGAUGAGGGCCACGAGGCAUUUGUAGAUGCAUUCUCUAGAUGGUCGAGCAGAAAUCCCAACAAGGACAAGAUACUCAAGGCUGGAGAUACCCAAGGUGUCAUCGGGACUGACCCUAAUGGUUGGUUCCCAGGGUAUGAAAUGAAAAUUGGUACAGUUACUUUCCAGGUUGCUGUUGGAGAUAUCACCAAAGAAAAUGUAGAUGUUAUUGUAAACUCAACAGCAAACACAUUUAAUUGGACAUCAGGUGUGUCAAAAGCAAUUUUAGAAGGUGCUGGAAAAGCUGUGGAAAAUGAAUUGUCUACACUAGCUGCACAGCCUCACAGAGGUUAUAUAAUUACAGAAGGUGGAGACUUAAGCUGUCACAUAAUAAUUCAUGUUCAUGGGGGAGAUGAUGUUAAGAAAACGGUCUCCAGUGUUCUAGAAGAGUGUGAACAGAGGAAUUACAGAUCAGUUUCCCUUCCAGCCAUCGGAACAGGAAAUGCCGGACAAGACCCAAUCAUAGUUGCGGAUAACAUAAUCGAUGCCAUCAUAGACUUCACACAGAAAUAUUCCACCCCAUCAUUAGAAACAGUUAAAGUUGUCAUCUUUUUAUCUGAGCUGCUAAAUGUCUUCUGUAACAGCAUGAAGAAAAGAGACACCCCCGCAUCACCUACCCUUCAGACCACAUUCCCCAAUGCUGCACGCCCUUCCCCCUGUUACAAAAGUCCCCUAUGGGAAAGAAACAUCUCCAGUAAAACUAAAAGAAAAUUUGUAAAGAGCCCACCAAUUAGAAUUACACACUACCGUGUGUCACUAGGACCUAUCUGGGAUGGAUGUGCUAAACAGAAGAGUGUCCCGGAUCUCUCUCUCAGGCCUGAUACAUCUUCCCUUAAAAAGAAUGUUCCCGAACACUGGACCGCCAUGAAUGAUCAGCUGUUUUGUACGGUCCAGCUGCGGCCAGAAGAAUCAGAAUAUCACACUGUAAAGGACAAGUUCGCUAAGACUUGUUACUGCACAAUAGAGAAGAUUGAGAGAAUACAGAAUAUUCCUCUCUGGCACAGCUACCAGAUAAAGAAACAGGUCAUGGAUGUCAAGAAUGGCCACACUCAAAAUGAGAGACUCCUCUUCCAUGGGACAGAUGCAGACUCGGUGCUACACAUCAAUGAGCAUGGCUUCAAUCGCAGUUAUGCUGGGAAGAACAGUGCAGCCUUUGGAAAAGGAACCUAUUUUGCUGUUGAUGCCAGUUAUUCUGCUCAGGAUAGAUACUCUAAGCCUGACAAGCAGGGGAGGAAGCAUAUGUAUGUUGUGCAAGUGCUUACUGGGAACUACACCGAGGGAAGUGAAGGGUUAGUUAUCCCUCCACCAAAGGAUCCUGCCAACCCCACAGAUCUCUUUGACUCUGUCACAGACGAUGCUCAAAAUCCAGUGCUAUUUGUGGUAUUCUCUGACAAUCAGGCUUACCCAGAAUAUCUCAUAACUUUCAGAUAAAAUAUAUAUAUAUAUUUAAUACCAAAGGGAUGAUUUAGUCAUCUGUUUGUAAGAACAAUUUGCAGAGUCUUUGUCUUUGCAUUUGGCUUGUUUAUCCAGAUAAACUUUCCCUUUUAGGUGCAGAAAUGCUGAAAAUUACCUUUAUAAAAUGCUCUCUUGCUGCAAUUUGUAGUGUACCUUUUUGCUGAGCAAAUUGAUGGGUAGAAGCUGAGAAAUGUACAGUACAUAGGUGUAGCGGUAGCUAUUCACAGACACCAAAUCUAAAGGAGAAUAAAAAGCACAUUAUUCUUUUCUAUCAGAAAAAAAUAACAUGUGUUACCUUACAGCAAAAUGACAUUGUUUUUAUUGGAACAUGUUGAGACAUCGAAUUGUGGUGGGUUAAACUGUACUAUUUAAGUGGAGAGGCUACUCUUAGGUGCCUGGAACAGCUGGAGAUUUUGCCUAAUUAAGAAAAACUUGUCAAUAGCUCAGCUGAAAUGACUGAAUCACAGACUGUUAUUUCAAACCUAUUGUGGAACAAAUCAGGUAAAAAUGUAUUCUAUUGUUAUUUAAUGCUAUAUGAAAAAUUACCUUCAAAUGUAGUGGUUUCAUCUCAUAGUCUGGGUCAGAAAUUCAGGUAUGGCUUAAGUGGGCCAUUCUGCUAGGGUGUCUCAGGCAUCUGCAGGCACCGUGUCAGCAGGCGAUGACAGCAGUCAUCUGAAGGCUUGCUGGGGGCUGGAGGUGUGUCUCCAAGGUGAAUCGCUCACACAGCGGGCAAGUUUUUGCUACGUGUUGCCAGGAGGCCUCAGAUGCUCUCCAGGAGGGCCUCUCCCAGGCCUGGCCUGCUCCAGAGUGAGUAAUUCGAGAGAGAGCAAGGCAGAAGCCAAAAUGUCGCCUAUGAUCUAGCCUCUGAAGUCACAUGCCAUCUUUUCCACGGUGUCCUAUUGGACUCAGAUCAGCUCAUUCCAUCUGGGAGGGAUUUACAUAAGGGCAUGAAUACCCAGAAGCACUGGGGCCAUCUUGGAGGCUGUAUGAAUGAGUGACAAGUAGACAGAAUGCUAGCAGUGAAAAUGAUGCUAGAGGUCAUCUGUUCCACUGUCCCCUUGUGCUUCUCCCCCAACCCUCCCCGCUCCCAGGGCAAGAAGACCUCUAGCCUCUGCUUGACCACUUUCAGCACUCGUCAUCUUGAGGAGACCCAUUCCAUUGUGGUUAAUGAUUACAAAACUCUUUUUCACACUGACUUGAAAUGUGUUCUUCGAUGUCUAUAUCCUGCUGAUCGCGUCUAGACUUUCUCAGGAUGCAGAACAAGUCUUACCUCUUACUGCCAGCAGCCCCUCAGACUUCACCCUUCCCACUAGUAUAUUAGAGUUAUGUAAAUUCUGAAAAUAUUUAGCAGCUCAUUUAUCCUGAAGCAUCACUUUUGAAGAGUUACAGAUAUUUAAGAAGUAUUUACAUUAUCAUAAAUAAAUUCCAUGCACAUUUAGAGAGUACAGAAGAGUAUAAAGAAAAUAACUCUCUCACCAAACUUCAUGCACGAUUACAACAUUCAGAGAAAACUACUGCCGGUGUUCUCACACGCUCCCUUCUAGUUUCUUCUUCACCCUCAUUCAACAAAGUCAGGCUCACACUUAUUCAGAUGAGAUCGGGUGUAUUCAAGGUGGUAUGGCCGUAGACAGACUCACACUUUAUUCAGUCACUAAUUAUGCAAUAUUAUAUCUACCAUUUUUCAUUAACAUUACAAGUUGUUCCCUCAUGUUGUUACUGUUUUCUAUAAACACAAUUUUAAUGGCUGAGUUAUUCUGCUAUAUAUCUUUCUUCUAUUUUUAUGUGUAUAUAAUGAUAAAGUUUUUAAAAAUGUGAUAAUCUUUACUUAUUGUUUAAUAACCAGAUUUUAUUUUGCAAUGUAUCAUUUUCCCCAUGUCAUUAAAUAUUUUCAUGCAUCAUUUUUAA